AUGAUAUUACUUAAUAAACAUACAUGUUCAUAUUUAUUGGGUAAAUAUAUUGUACCUGAAUGGUCUUAUUUAGGUUUUUCAAAACAAUCAUUAUGUGAAUCAUUCCAUAUUAAUCAUGUUUAUCAUCAUCAUCAUCAUCAUCAUAAUCAAAAAAAUUUAAAACAUAAAAAUUGUUCAAAAUCAUCAUUAACAUUUGAUGGACAAAAUUUAAUAUUAUUACGUUGUAAUCAUAUAUUUAUUAUUGGUUCUGGUUAUAAUUGUACUAAUCAAGGACAGGAAUUAUAUUCAUCAUCAUUGGACAUAUCGAAUUAUUCGAAAUCGAUACAAAAUGAAUUUUCAAUCAUUAAUCAAACAAUAUGCGAUGAACAACAACAACAACAACAAACAAAUGAUAAUGAAUAUUGUCAUCAUGAUGUUGAUGGUGGUGGUAAUGGUGGCUGGAUUGGUUAUAUUGAUGGUGAUCUAUAUGUUCAACCAGAUUCCGAUUGGUCAACCAAUCAAAUCAUACAAAUUGAUUCACGUUCAUUAAAAUUUAAAAAUAUUAUCAAAUUAUUCAAUGAUGAUAAAAAUGAUGAUGAACAACAACAGCCAAAAACAUCAUCAUUAUCAAAUAAUCAUUAUCAACAAUUUAAACAAUCAACAUUAGCUACAACCGAUGGUGAUUAUCUAAUAUUGAUUUCAGUGAUUCAAGAUGAUUAUUUUCAUGUACGUGAAUUCAAACCGAUUAAAUUAACAAAUUUUGAUUUAUCCAAACAACAACAACAACAACAUACUAAUAAUAAUAAUAGUACAAUAUUAAAUGAAUCAAAUACAUUUACUAUUUCAUCCGAAUUUACUGUUCGUUUAUCAUCGAUUUGUUAUUCAUAUUGUGGCCAUUCUGUUCAUAAUAAUUUUAUGAUUCCAUAUCAAAAUUCUAACGUAAACGUAAAACAACAACAACAACAACAACAACAGAGAAUAAUGAAAAAAACAUUGAAUGAAUCAUUAUUGAAAUUAAUCGAAACAAAUAAUUAUUUUGAAUUGAAAAAUUUAUCCACAUUAGUUACUGGAAAAGAUUUUGCAUUACUUUUAACAAAUCAGGGAAAAGUAUUUUAUACAGGUAAUUCACAUAGUCUUGGUAUAAGACAUUUUUAUUCAUAUAAUAAAUGGUCAUUAUUGAAUCUACCAAAACCGGUAAAAAUUCAACAAAUUGCUAUCGGUCAUGAUGGUAAUCAUUCAUUAUUAUUGGCUGAUGAUGGUACAAUAUUUUUUGUUGGUAUAUCAAAACGAGGUGAAGAUGGUGAUGAUCAAUCAACACGAUCAACUGUUUAUCGUUUUAAUAAUAAACCUAAUCGUGUGAAAAAAUUUCAAGCAAAAAUUGAUUCCAAUCCAGCAUUUAUUGCUUGUAAUCAUGGUACAAGUGCAAUCAUUACAAAAUCUGGUGAUCUUUAUCUUUUUGGUAAAGAUUCACAAUAUUCAAAUUCAAAAGGUUUGGUUACAAAUCUACCAAAAGAUUUUAAAGUUAAAUCAAUUGUAUUGGGUAAAGCACAUAUGUUAAUAUUAUCAACAAAAGGAUUGGUUGUAACAAGUGGAUUUUCUAACAAAGGUCAAUGUGGUUUUAUUAAUAAUCAUAAUAAUGAACAACAUUUAACCAAAUCAUCAAAAAGUUUAUGGAGUUCAACAAAAUUAAAUAAUUUAGAAUUUAUUGAUCCAGAUAUUGAUUGUUCAACAAAAAUGAUGAUGACAUCAAUAUCACCAACAAUAUUACCAUUAAGUUUAACUAAUCAUAUUGUACAAAUUUCAGCCGGUCUACAUCAUUCAAUAUUGUUGACCGAUAAAAAUGAAGUUUUUACAUUCGGUUCAAAUCAAUUUGGACAAUUAGGUGUUGGUGAUCUGGAAAAUCGAUUUCAACCAACAAAAAUUGAUUUAGAAUUUGUUUGCAAAGGAUAUAUUAAACAAAUUGCUGCUGGUUCUAAUCAUUCAAUAUUGUUAACAUCAUUAGGUGAAGUAAUAACAUUUGGUAAUAAUCAACAAGGACAACUUGGUCGUCGACCAUAUGAAUUUUGUCAACUAAAUACAUUUCAAUGGAAUACAUUUCCUGAUCGUAUGGAUUGUAUUGGACCAGAAUUUGGACGAAUAGCAACACAAAUAUCUGCAUCAGGUGAUUUUACCUUUAUUCGUUAUGAUGAAAUUCUACUUAGUUCAGAAAUGUUUGCCAAAUCAAAAUUAUUGGCUGAAAAAAAUAAUCUUAUAUUAAUACCACCAAAUUGUUCAUCAAAUCAUGAUAAAUAUAAUCAAGUUUGUCGUUUUGAAGAAUAUGGUAGUGGUUGGAGUUAUCCAUCAAAUACUAUUGAAGCUAUUCGUUUUUCAACCGAUUGUGAUAUUAUAUUUGGUGGUAUUGGUUUAUAUGGUGGUCGUGGUGAAUAUAAUGUACAAAUACGUAUUUAUGAUAUUGGUUUUGAUUCAAGUGAAAUUGAACGUGAUGGUGAUCUAUUAAGUGAAACUGAUAUUAUACAUUAUGAAUGUUUACCAAGACAAAAAUAUCAAAUAUUUUUUGAUGAACCAUUAUUAAUAUAUGCAAAUCGUUGGUAUGUUAUUUGUGCAGCUAUAAAUGGUAGUAAUUCGGAUUGUGGUUCAAAUGGUCAAUCAUUUGUUUGUACAAAUGAUCAGAUUAUGUUUCAUUUUAAAACAUCAAAAUUAUCAAAUAAUGGUACGGAUGUUAAUUCUGGUCAAAUACCAACAAUAUUUUAUAAACAAUUAGAAUCAAAUGAAUUAUCAUUAAUACAGGAAAAAUUAUCCACAUUAAAUCGAAUGGAAAUAUUUUUUCAAAAUGAAUGUUAUCAAACAUUUCAAUCAUGUUCAACGGCAUUCUAUCCAACCGGUCAACUUAAAUGGAGUAUAUUAUGUCAAUUACUUUCUCAACAAUCAUCAACAUCAACAAUAGGAAUUUCGGGAAAUGAGAAUCAUUUUUUCGACAAUAAAUAUCAUCUAACUAAUACAUCUAUUAUGAUGGAUCCAUUGGAAACAGCAUCAGCAGAAGCUGUUGAUAAUCAUCAUAAUGAUGAACAACCACAACAACAACAACAACAACAAAAUAUUUAUGAACAAAAAUUAAUCAAUUCUAUAUGUGAUUUAUUGUUAAAAUUUAUUGGUGAAUUUCAUGCCUGUACAAUUGGUUUGAUUAAUAUGGAUGAAACGAUGGGUAAUGAAAGAAAAAAUUUAUUUCAUACACAAAAUGAAUUAGUAACACCAUCAAGAUUUUGUCGAAGAUCAUCAACAAAAUGUUGGAAUACUGGAUCUGGAUCACCGGAAGCUAUUUGUUUUUCAAUAAAUAAAUCAGAUAUUUAUAUAUCUGGUAUUCGUGUUUAUUCAUCUACUGUUCAACAAUUUAAAUAUCAAUUACAAUUAUUAGAUCAAGCAUUCGAUGAUAAUCGUAUAGAAAAAAAUAAUUUUAAAUGGAAAAAAAUUACAACAAUAUCCGGUAUUUAUUAUCAAGAUGAUAAUCAUUGUAAUAAUCGUUUGAAUAAUGAUUUAUGUGACAUACGUUUCGAUCGACCAAUAUCGAUUCAACCGAAUAUAAAAUAUGCAAUAGUUUUUAAAAAUUAUAGUCAAUAUUCAUAUAGUGGUGAUAUGGGACAAGCACAAGUUCAUUGUGAUGAUGAUAUUAUUUUUACAUUUAUGGAUUGUUCAUUAAGUAAAAAUGGAACAAAUCUAAAUCGUGGUCAAAUACCACAGAUAUUGUAUUAUAAUUUACCAUCGUCAUCAUCAUCGACAUCAACAUUUAAACAUCAACAAUUAUCAACAACAACAACAACAACAGCAAAUAAUUUUUCUACAUUCAAUUCGAUUGAAGCACAUAAAAGUAUUAUUGAAAUGUUUCAAAUGGCAAUCGAUUAUGGUAAAGAAUUAUUGAAAAAUUUAAUUGAAAAAAUUGAAUCAAAAAUUUCAAAAGAAUCAAUUAUCAAUAAUCAACGUCAACAUCCAACAACAACAACAACAACUAUCGAAUCAAAUGAUAUUAGUUGUUCAGAUGAUAAUAGUUCGGAUAAUACAACAACAACAACGACGACGACCGCAACAACAACAACAUUUAUUGAUUUGAAAAUUUUAACAAUUUUAUAUCAAACAUUUGAUUCGAUUUUUUUCCGUGAAUUUUUACCAAUAUUUAUGAUUUAUAUGAAAAUGUUGAAAUUUGUUCCUAGCCAUUUACAUACGUUGGCCAUAUCGUUACGUAAUCUAAUCGAAUUGAUUUCACGACUAAAUCGUUUAAUAUAUGAUCAUUAUUAUUUGGGUCGUCGAAAUUCAUUGGAAUCAGAAACUAAAAUUUAUGCCAAAGAUAAAAUUCAUCAUAUAAUUGUUGAAUCUGAUCAUCCAUAUAAAUCGGCUAAUGUAACAAGUCAUACGAUUCGUUUUCCAUCAAACAUAAAAUUUAUGACCAUAGAAUUUGAUCGAAAAUGUUGUACAGCACAACCGGAAGAUUAUCUUGAGAUUUACCUGCCACAAGAAUAUCUUAAAAAUUUUAAUAUUAAUCGUUUAUUAUCACCAAUUUAUCAUCGUUUUAGUUGUCAAAAUUUUCAUGAAAAUUUAAAUAUGAAUGAUAAAAUUGAACAAUCAAAAUUAUUAUCAUCAUCAUCAUAUUCGAAUAAAAUUAGUAAAAAUGGUUCUCGAUGUAUUUUUAUACCGGGUAAUGAAAUGACAUUAAUGUUGAAAACAUCAUCCGAUUAUGUACAUUCAUCAAAUAUUGAUUCACGUUAUGGUUUUAAAGCUGAAAUAAUUGGUUAUGAAUUUCCUAAAAUAAAAUCUUUGGCUAAUGAUUUGAAAAAUUUUGAUCAAGAUAAAAUAUUAUAUUAUAUUGAUAAUAUGAUUCAAAUGUUUGAAUUGAAUAUAAUCAAUUUAUUUGGUUUAAUUAUUGAUGAAUUAUUGAAUUGUAAACCAAUGGAUAUAAUGUUGGAAAAUUCUCAAUUAACUAAACAAUAUGAAAAAUAUACCGUCUCGGAUUUAAAAAUAGCUGAAAAAAUUUUCGAUAAUAAUAUCAAUUUACUUGAAAAAGGUUUUGAAUUUGAUUCAACAUUAUUAAUGAAUAAAAUUCAAACAAUCAAUGAUCUUUUCAAUGAAAUUCAUCAACCAAAUAUUCAUCCAUUUUUAGAUGAUUUUAUUGAAUUAAAUUCAGAAACAUCUGGUGCAAGAUUAGCAUUAUGGUUACAGAAUGAUGCAUUUAUUAUGCCAAAUUCUUCACUGAUAAAUGUUAUAGCUAAUAAUGAUAAUAAUGAUUAUUGUCAUAAAUGUUAUCAAUUAUUAUUGGAAAUGAAUUCUUUGAAUAUUAUGAAAAAAUUAUGUCAUCAUUGUAAUUAUCAAUUAUUUGUUAAAUCAAUUUCAUCACAAUCAAAUAAUCAACAUAAUCAAUAUAAUACAAAAAUUGGUGAAAAAAUUCUAAUCAAAAUUGUUACACGUGAUCAACAUGAAGAAAUUGUUUAUGAUUUGAAUGCUUGCAUUGUAAUUCAAAUUAAUUUUAUUUCAUUCAAUUCAUCGCCAUCAUCAUCAUCUUUUGAUUAUACAAAUUUUUCGACAAAAGAAUCACAAAUUUCACAAAUCAUUUCAAAAUAUCCAUAUCAAAUUAUUGUUAAAGAUAAAACACGUUAUCAUUCAAUAACAAUGAUGAAAAUUUAUGAAAAUUAUUCAUUAGAAGAAUUACGAUUAGAAUGUCCAAUUGAAUUGUUUCAACCGGAAAGAUUUAAACAUGAUAAAGAUUAUAAAUCUUUUAAUACUUUAGAUAAAAUAUCAACAACGAUAUUAUCACAAUCAUUUGAAAAUGGAUAUUAUUUGGCUAGUUGGACACCAACAUCAAUCGGAUCAUAUCGAAUUGAAUUUACUGUUGAUGAUGAAAAAAGUGAAAAUUUUAUCAUUUUGAAUGUGAAUAAUUCAAAAUUUGCUAAUAAAAAACAACAAAUUAAUAAUCAUCAUAAUCAAUUGAAUGAUAAUUCUUCGAGGUUCAUGAAAAAUUCACAACAAAAUUAUCCAAUGAAACAUUUAAUAAGAAAAUUUAUCUGUUCAGAUAGUGCUGGUUUACGUAUUCGUUCAUUACCAUCAUUACAAUCUGAACAGAUUGGUAUUGUUCAAGUGAAUGGUUUGUUAACAAUAAUUGAUCAAUCUGAAAAUGAUGAUGGUAUUUGGGUACGAUUAUCAAAUGAAAGUAUACAAGCAUAUUCAACAUCCAAUACAAUAUCUAUUGAUAAUAAUACAAUUCAUAAUAAUGUUACUGUUGUCGAUGAUGGUGGUGGUGGUGGUCAAUUACUUUGUAAUCAAUUAUCAAAUAAUAAUAAUCCAAAAGAUUUUUUCAUAAUUGAUAAUUUUCAAGAAUCAAAUCCCAUUGAUACGAUACGAAUAUCUUCAUUAGAUUGCAAACAACAACUUACGGAUAAUUUAAUGAAACAAUCAUUAACAUUUACAUUACAUGAUGUAUCGAUUAUUAUCGGUUCAAUACCAUUAAACGAUAUUAUUUAUGCUAUUGAAAUUGUUCGCAAUGAAUUUGGUUAUUGGAUACGUUUAUCACAGGAAUCAUUAAAUUCUUAUAUUAAUCUAAUGUAUAGAUCAUCAUCAUCAUUGUUUGAUAAUAAUUUUGAAGGUUGGAUAUUAUUACAAAAUCUAAAUGGUAUGAUUUAUUUACAAAAUAUUCAACAAAAUUAUCUAUGUUCAACAAUCAUGGAUAAUGAUCAUCAACAUAAUAAUAAUAAUAUUAAUAAUAAUAAUCGAUAUAUUGAUACAACUAAAAGAGAUUUACCAAUAAAAAUGGCCAUUUCAAAUCGUUCAGCACAAUGUAUACGUGCUAUGUUUGCUGCAUUUAUAUGGCAUGAAGGAAUUCUUAAUGAUUUUUUAACCGCUGCAUCUUAUCUAAAAUUUAAUGCUGAUAUUACAAAAGAUUCGAUACAACAAUCAAACAAUGAUUUUGACAAAAACAAUUUCAAUCAUUUUCAACAAAAAAAUUCAACAAAAAUUCGUGAAACAAUUCGUGAAAAAAAUAUUAAUCAUCAUCAUCAUCAUCAUCGUCGUCAACAGAAAAUAAAUUAUCGUCAUUCGGUUGAAGUUAGUCAAUUGAUGGGAAUGUAUAAUAGAAUAUCGGAUGAAAAUUCAAAUGUUAAUUUUUUUGAAAAUAAUAAUAAUAAUAAUAAUAAUAAUCAAAUUGAAAAUUCGAUUGAUGAUAAUGAAAAUCAUCAUUUAAAUUCGGAUGAAAUAAUUCUCCAAAAUACGGCUGAUGAUGAUGAUGAUGAUGAUCCACAAUCGGGUAAUACCGUACCUGAAAUUCUUAUAAAUCUUUUACAAAUUUGGGAAUUUGUUUCCACAGAAUGUUUACGACAAAUUUCCGUUAUACGUAAUCUUAAACGCAACGAUACAACAAUGAUGACAACAAAAUUAACCGAAUUAAAAUUAUUGGUAAAUAAUGAUGAUGAAAAACCUAAUGAUGAUGAUGAUAAUGAUGAUAAAUGUUGUGAUGAAACUUGUAAUAAUCAACAAACAUUUUCGAAACAACAAUCUAGUGGACAAUCAUGUGAUCUACUCAUUACUACUGAUGAUACUAAUGCCCGAAAUCAACAACAACAACAACAAUGUGAAUGUGAUAAAUCUAUUAUCGAUUCUAUUGAUUUUAUUAAAAAUUCACAAAAUGAAUGUGAUCAAAAUCAAUCGAUUGUUUGGCAAUCAAUAUCAAUGAUGACCGAUAAUUUAUAUCAAUCAAUAAUGGCAAAUGUACGUUUUUUACUUUCAAUUACACCAUCAAAAUUGAUUCGUGAUUCAUCAUCAGUAACAACAAUGACUAUGAAUAAAAAUUCAUUAACAACAGAAAUUUUGAAUCAAAAUCUAUUCGAUCCAUUUAUUAUAUCUGAUUUGGAUAAUGUUUUUCCCAUUCAUUUACUUCAUAAUCUUGGUAUAAGAAAAUCUGUUUAUGAACAACAAUUAGCUGAAGAACGACUAUCAGAUUUAGCAACAUUAUGUGAUGAUUAUCAACAUUUACUUUCACCGGAUAUUAUUCAUAAUGAUGAUUUUAAUAUAGCUAACAAUAAUGAUGAUGAUCAUUAUCGACAAACGCAAACGCAAAUGAAAAAGAAAAAAUCGAUAAAAUUUUAUCGUUCAAUAUCGGUCGGUAUGAAUGAUCAAGAUAGUCAUAUAGAUGGGCUGAAUAUUUAUAAUUUUUUAUCAAAACCAUCAACUAAUAAUAAUGAUUCAUCAUCAACAAAUCCGAUUAAAACAAAAAAAUCAAUUAAAAGUAAUGAAACAUUAUAUCAAGAUUCAAAACAAAAAAUUAAUACAAUGCCAUUUUUAUGUAAACCAUCAACAACAUUAAUCGAUUUGAUUAAAAAAUUUCAAUCAAAAUUUGAUAAUGAACAACAACAAUCACAAUCAAUUUGUUCGGAUGUUAUGAAAUUUAUAUUUUCUUGUAAAAAUAUUAAUAUUUAUGAUUUAUUAGUAAAAUGUUCAAUAUGUUCAUCGGCAUAUCGUUCAUUAGCUCUCAAUAUAAUCAAUUGGUUAUUGAUUAAUUCAUCGAAUUUGCAUUCAAUUCAAGAUCUAAUGUGGAUAUUUGUCAAUUCUUUAUUACCUAAAGAUGAUUUGGAUCAUCAAAAUGAUGAUACAAUUAUUGAUAAAGAUGGAAAAUGUUUUAAACAAAAUAAAAACAUUUCGGAUGUUUGUCGACAUCCAUUUAAUAAUUUAAAAAUGGCUGGUGAAUUAGCUGAUCAUUGGGUAACCGAAUCAUUACAUCGUUUGAUGAGAACAAUUUCAAAUCUAUUACCAUUAUUACCAAUGGGAUCACCAUUACAACUUAUGGCAAUAAGAUGUUUUGGUAUGGAAUUUACAUCUAUUGAUCAUAAUUUUCUACAUGAAUGUAAAGUAUUUUCACAUAUAUCAACCAUACUAACACAUUCAUCAAUAGAAAUAGAUAAUAAUAAUUUCCAUUCGGAUAAAGCAAAAGCAAAUGUUUCAUCUUCGUGUUCGAAACAACAACAACCAGAUCAAACGCAAAUAGUAAUGAUAACAGAAGAUUUAACACAAAUGUUUGAUUUACAUACAUCUAGCCGACAAUCAAUGAUAUCAAGUCUUAAUGAUAAUUCUACUGAAACAUUUUGGGAAAGUGGUAAUGAAGAUCGUAAUAAAAUUAAAUAUAUUCGAAUUCAGCGAAAUGUUAAUUAUUUGAAAUCAUCUUCAAAUGAUACUAAUAAUAAUCUACGAUUUAUUUGUAUUUAUGUGGAUAAUACUCGUGAUCUAGAAUAUCGUAUCAGUCAUAUUUCAUGGAAAAUAUGUGGUGAUAAAAUAUCUGAUUGUUCAUCAUCAUCAUCAUUUAUUCGUAAUAAUUGUCCAGAAUCGAAAAAUUUCCUUACAAAAUUUAAUGAAUAUGAAAAACUUCGAACAAUUGAAGUGGAUACAAAAUUUUGUGGUUGGCUUCAUUGUGAACUUAGUUCAAAACAAAGUUUGGAUCUUUGUACGACUAAUGAUCAUUAUAUUCUUAUCGAAAUGACUGGACCAUUUCCAUGUUUACGUGUACGACAGGUAAAAAUAUUGGCUAAUGAUAUUGAUGGAUCGUCGUUUGAAUCAUCAUUAUCAAAUCGUUUUAUGAUUUUGAAUUCUAAACAAGUUCAAAUUGCACAUUGUGAAUCGGAAACAUUGCGAGUAUUUCGUUUGCUCACUUCACAGGUUUUCGGAAAAUUAUUAUCAUCAAAUGAUUGUCAAUCACUGAAUAAUGAAAACAAUCAUAAUCUGAAUGGCAAAAAACGUACAUCAUUAUAUUCGAAUAAUGAUAAUAAUUUACGUGAACAUAUGGUCGGUAUAUUAUUUUCACAAUCAGGAAAAUUAUCCGAAUUACAACGUCAAGUUUGUACACAUAUUGUCAAUGAAAUACAUUAUGAAUCACGUCGUGUUUAUGAAGAAUGGGAAACAAUGUUAUUAUUGUUAUCAUCAUCAAAUGAAAAUCAAAAAAAUUAUGAAACGGAAGAAAUUGAUGAUACGACAAUAAUACCGAAUGAUUUUUAUUGUUUUGAAUUAUUAUCAUUAUUAUUGGCAUUGAGUGGUUCAAAUGUUGGCCAAGAAUAUUUAUCCGAACAAAUAGAAUUAUUGAAUGAUAUUCUUACAUUAUUACAUACUAGUUCAGAUCGUGUAAAACGUCAAAUUUUAUCAUUAAUACGACGUGUUAUUUCACGAAUACGACCAGAAACUUUUUCAAAAUUAUUCAUUUCAAUUUUAAAUGAUGAAUCAUUAAAAAUAAUGGACGAUGGCUUAAAUGCAAAUAAUAAUAAUAAUCAUCGUUACAUCACAGGCAUUAUAGAUAUAUUUUUAACCUGUAUUGCAAAAUCCUUAACCGUACAGAUCAAAACAAAAGGAAAUAGAUCAUCAUCAUCAUCAUCUCGGAUUCAGCAAUCAUCAAUUUAUCGAAUAAAUUCCAUCUAUAAUGAUGAUAAUUAUGAUGUUAGUAUACGACAACAACAUAAACAAUGGUUAAAAGGAAAUCAAAGCAAACAAAUUGGACAAUCAAUUAUUUUAUUUAUUAAAGAUAUGUGUGAUGGAAAAUUUGGUGAAAAAUGGUGUGAAAUUGCACGUUAUAGUUUGAUGGAAAAUAUUUUAAAAUUAACCGAAUUGGAUGAAAAUAUUCGAAAUUCGGAUAAAUGUAUACAUUCAUCGAUAUUAUGGAUGGCAUUAGCAUCAUUAUGUGUAAUUGAUGAAAAAGAUGUGGAAAAAUUAUCGAUAAAUAAUCAAUGUAAACAUAAUCAUGAUAAAGUUAAUGGAAAUUCUGUACAAAAUUACUGUGAUAAUCAUGAUGAUGGUGAAACAAUCGCUUCCAUUCAAUGUAAUAUCUGUGGUCAUCUUUGUAUUGAUUGUGAUCGAUUUUUACAUCUGAAUGUAGCAAAAACACGUAAUCAUAAACGUCAUAUGUUCAAAGAGGAUUGUGAUUCAAUAAAAGUAGAUAUUCACGAAGGAUGUGGCCGAAUUAAAUUUUUUCGUUCAUCAUUAAUAGUGGCUGAUUCAAAAUCAUUAAAAAUUAUGAUUGAAUUUCGACAGAAUAAUUAUCGAUCUGAACACAACAAUAACAAUAAUCAAACAUUUGAUGAAAAUUUACAUUUGAAUGAUAAUCGACAAAAGAUUUGUCGAUUCUGUGGUCUUAACGAUGAUCAGAUGAUGAUUGAUGGUGAAAAUAUUUGUAAAAAUGAUGAUUGUCAACGUCAUGCUUUACAAGCAUGUAAUCGUACAUUAAAUUGUGGACAUUUUUGUUGCGGGAUUCGUGCGGAAUCACCUUGUUUGCCUUGUUUGAAUGGAUGUACAAGUGAUCUAAAACAAGAUGGUGAUGAUAUGUGUAUGAUUUGUUUUUCCGAAUCACUUUUUUCAGCACCUUGUAUACAACUUACUUGUAAACAUAUAUUUCAUUAUGAUUGUGUAAAAACUGUAUUGGAGAAACGUUGGUCUAAUGGUCGUAUAACAUUUACAUUUUCAUUAUGUCCAAUAUGUAAAAUUCCUAUUGAUCAUCAAUCAUUAUCCGAAUUAUUACAACCGAUACGAUUGUUGCAUGAAGAUGUUCAAAGAAAAUCAUUAAUGAGAUUAGAAUUUGAAGGUCUUAAUCAGUGCGAAGCAAUUACAGCACCUAAUUCUCGUUUCUAUCAAGAUCCAGUUGGUUUUGCUAUGGAAAGGUAUUCUUAUUAUCUUUGUUUUAAAUGUCAAAAAGCCUAUUAUGGUGGUGAAGCACGUUGUGAUAUUGAAUAUGAUGGAAAUAAUCAUAAUCCACAAGAACUUAUUUGUGGUAGCUGUUCGGAUGUAACACAGGCACAGAUUUGUCCGAAACAUGGUACAGAUUUCCUGGAAUAUAAAUGUCGUUUUUGUUGUUCCGUAGCCGUUUAUUUUUGUUUUGGUUCUACACAUUUUUGUGCCGCUUGUCAUGAUGAUUUUCAACGAUUGAUCUCAUUGAAAGAAUAUCCACAAUGUCCAGUUGGACCACAUUCAAUACCUAGAGAUGAUUGUGAUGAAUGUCCAUUACAUGUAAAACAUCCACCAACUGGACAAGAAUUUGCACUUGGCUGUGGUAUUUGUCGCAAUACUCAUACAUUCUAGUCAUCAUUCCCUGGUCAAAGACUUUUUAAUUAAAAUAAAAUUUAUUUAUUGAAAAAAAAUGUUAAUUAAUU